UUCUGAAAAGUCUAAAAAAGAAAUUAAAAAACUGCAGAUCUGGACAAGAACUGGGUGUUUGGUGAGCUCUAUACCAACUAGGCUACCAGAAUUGACUGAAAGAAAAGGAUAUAGGCUAGUAUCUGGGUUAAGUCAGUAG